AUGUACGGUCUACUCACCACAAACACUCCAGAUCCCACCCUCCGCCGCUCAACCCUGCAAAUCCUCCUCACACACCUCUCCACCCUCCCACCUUCCACCCGCCUGACAACCCUCCAAACCCUCCAGAUCUGGACCUCCCUUUUCUACACCCUCUACAUGCACGACUCGCGCUCGACCGCCCCUUUGUCAACACAGAAUCUAAUAAACACCCUUACAACCACGCUCCUCACCAGCACCAUCCAGCCAGACAACCCGCAACUCAAACUUGCCCUCACGACCGGAUUCUGGGAGACAAUAAGCCGGGAAUGGAGCGGGAUUGAUCGGCAUCGGAUGGACAAGUAUUUGCUGUUGGUUCGGUGUAUGCUGAGAGCGGUGUUUUUGUUGUUAUUUGAGUCUACGCGUGAGCAAGCGACGACAGAGGAGAAAGAGGCAGCGAACGGGCAGGUGGAGGUGUUGCGAAAGUGGCCAUUGAGUACCGGGAGAGGGAAUGGGGAGGGGAGGAAGGUGCCGGACGGAAUCCGCUAUCAUGUUUUAGACGUUUGGGUGGAUGAGUUAGAGAAGGUGUUCCAGGACGGGGAUAGGGAAGAGGAAGGAAAGGAAAGGGAGAAGGAGAGAAGAACAGUGGUAUUAGGGAUGACCAUGGGUCUGGUGGAGAAGGUGGCAGGAGAUGCACUAACCAAGGGUGUCAGAUUGAGAUCGAAGGAUGUGUUGGCUGAUGGAAGAUUGGAAGAAUGGAGAUGA